AUGUGCAAACACAUCCUCAACGCCCAAGUCUCAAUCCGCUCUCCCUGCUGCAAGUCUCUCCAGACCUCUGCUCCGCCUUCACCACUAACACAAUCCCACCACAGGNNUCGCAAAUGGUUCGACUGCGCCGAAUGCCACGCCGAGAGCGAAACCCACGACCUCAAGCCCACCCUCGAAAUGGUCUUUGCCUGCAAAAAGUGCAAAAAGGCUUUCCGCAAAGACGUCCAAGAGUUUGAGGAGAGCGAUGAAUACUGCCCACACUGCGACAACCAUUUUGUGCUCGAAGCAAAGACGCCACAGGCUAGAUUGCAGGUCGAGAGUGAGGAUGUCAGAGUGGUUUCUGGCUUCGUCAAGGACGAGCGUGUGCGCGAGGAAGAGCAGCAGACUAUUUGGAACUUGAAAGAGGCCAGUGAGAGGCUGGGUUGA